CAGUUUUGUGUCUUUCAUUGUAUUUCUGAGGUUACACAAAGUAAAGAUCAUGAACUCCAGACUCUUUCCACUGAUCCUGCUGCUGCACAUCCCAGACUCUCUAACACUGGUAUAUCACCCUGUGAGCUGUAAUGAAGACAGUAUUUGUGCUGUGAAGGGAUCUCAGGUGGUACUGAAGUGCUCUUACUACAACAAGAUCCACAUCCAAACUGUGUUCUGGUUCAAUCAGAAACAAAAUAUAAACUGGAGAAAAAACAAUGAAGCUGAAGAUUUGACAUUAGACUCCGACUACUCAGGACGAGUGAAAUCGUCCAUCAAUUAUUACACCUCAGAACUCACAAUAUCAGAUGUGAGAGAGCGAGACUCUGGAGAAUAUCAGCUCAUGUUCAUCAUGAAGGAUGGAGAUAAGCGUCUUGCCUCAGUCGCCGUCAAUCUAACUGUCACAGUCAUGCAUAUAAGGAUAAGUUCUGGAUCUACAGACUCAAGAGUUCAAAGUGUAAAACUGACUUGUGAUUCUCCCUGCACCUUCGAAAAUAAGUAUUACAACUGGAGAAAGGAUGGACAGUAUUUCACACGUUCAUGGUCCAAGAACAUGAUGGUGUCAGUCAGAGAUUUUGGCAGUUAUUCCUGUUAUCAAGACUCUAAAAGUCUCUCCUCAUCUGUGUGUGUUUCUAAAAGUGGCUGCUGGGAUGUGUCUUACACCACUAGAAGAGUCUGUGCUGUUAUAAACUCAACAGUAGACAUUUCCUGCACAUUCUCGCAUCCCUCUGAUUAUACUGUGAUGAAAACAUUCUGGCAUUGUGUUCGGAAUGGAGACUUCAGGGAUCUGCGUGAGGAGCAUCAGUUUGCUGGUCGUGUGGAGUUUGUGGAGAACAAACUGAGAAUCAAAGAGCUCAAGAUCAGCGACUCUGGAGAAUAUCAGUUCAGGCUCAUCACUGACAAAACAGGAGGAACAUUCUCUGGUUCACCUGGAGUCAUUCUUACUGUUACAGAUACGCAGGUGAUAAGCAGCCCAGACACUGUAUCAGAGGGAGAAAAAGUGAUAUUAAGCUGUUCAACUAAAUGCACUCUGAGUAACAAACACACUUACAUCUGGUACAAGAAUGGACAGCAGGUAACGGAUGGUUUCACUAAAGACAACAAGCUGUACCUGGACUCAGUCAGCAAAGAAGAGCUUCAAGGGUUCUCCUGUGCUGUAGGAGGCCUAACGGAAAGCACAGCACUACGAAAUACUGCAGUCGUACUGUGUCUGUUUUUGAGUUUUGCACUAAUUGGAGUCUUGUGGUUUAGAUGGAGAAGGUGUACAUUGUUUAAGCCCCACAGGGCUGAAAAAGAAGACGUGCAUUAUGACCCAGUGAACAUUACCACUGUGAUCAUCAACGCAUCCAGUAACCCCAGACAGAAUGCAGAUUCUGACAAUCCAGACAUUCACUAUUCCAGCAUUAGGUUUACCAAAAAACCCACAUCUUCAAACCCUACAGCUGAAUAUACAGCAGACAACACAGAAACAGAGAGUGUUCACUAUGCCACAGUAAUGUUCAAAUGACACAAUGUUGCCCUCAUGUGAGCUAAUCAUGAUACAGUAUUUGUAGAUAGAAAUUAUACAAUUAACCACAGUUCCUAAUAAUUGAUUUCUGCAUUGUGUAUUCUCAUGUAUAACUACAAGAUAACUGGAUUAUAGAGUAGUUAACUCAAAUCAACAUUUCAUGUCCAUUUAUUUAUUUAUGAGGGUAAGUUGCCAUGUAGUAUGUGGGAUAAUGUUAAGUGAUAUUCAGGGUUGCAUUGAAAAAGUUUAGGUAUUGUGUUAAGUUAUGUUUAACAUAGUUCUUACUCAUGAAUGUAAAAACCACAUUGCUAAACCCCAACCUACAGGUAUGAAAACAAAACAUGAUUCUCUAAUUGUUUGUUCACUUAAGUCCAUUAAUGUGCAUUUAAAAAAGUGUAAACUGUAAAAUUGCUUA